AUGCAAUACCUCCAGCCAUCGCAUUUGUACACUCGUUUGAUAGACACAAUACCGACAGCUCUACCAUGGUCUUCUGGCGAUUCAUCAGUGAAGGGAGACCCUAGGAAAAGCGUCAAGUGGAUUGAUGGCCUCCGGGGCAUCGCUUCAUUUUUAGUGGUACUCACCCAUCUCGCGCGAGCAUGGGAUUAUGACUUAUUCUCACCACGCGACAACGAAAAUGCAACCCCACGGAUCCUCCAAUGGCCGAUCCUGCGCAUUCCCUGGCAAGGCCGAAUUGGCGUGACCAUCUUUGCCUUCUUGACCGGCUACGUCUGCGCGCUGAAACCACUGAAGCUCUCGCGAGCAGGCGAUACAACCAGUGCAUUUGUGACAAUAGCAAAAAGUGCCUUCCGUCGACCGCCACGACUCAUAUUCCCAUCGACCAUUGCUCUCGUGAUAUCCUGGGUCAUUGCGCAGUUCGGGGGGUUUAUUGUUGCGAAUAGGUCGGACUGCUGGUGGUGUCGAUAUGCGGCGCCCGAUCUGGAGGAUUCGUUCUGGAAGGAACUUGUCCGUCUGCCAAAGAAUUUCUUGUCGACUUGGACAACGGGAUAUAUGGCCUAUGAUGAUCAUCAAUGGGCUUUGCUACCGCUGCUCUUGUCGUCGAUGCUGGUCUAUAUCACGCUUUCGGCAACGAUGUUUGUCAAAUUUCGGUUUAGAGUGUUGAUUUACAUCGGCAUGAUGCUCUAUUUCCACCAGAAUACAGCGAAGAACAUAGAAACCUUCCAACUGCAGGCCAUCUACGGCAUGUUUCUAUGUGACUUCUCAUACAGCAAAUCCCUGAAAGAUUGGAUCGAAAACCACCCUCGCGGUCGAAAAAUGCUUACAAUUCCUCUAACUAUAAUCGGUUUACUGAUCGCCUCAUAUCCAGGCGAACACCCAGAAUGGGCAGGCUGGUCGAAUCUAAUGUUCAAAGCAAGCCACUUCAUCUUCCCACCAGAAGUCAACAUUGGCAAACGCUACACCGCACUUGCAAUUGACCUGAUCAUUCUCGCAAUCUUCUUCUCCCCCUCGACCAAAGACUUCCUCUCCAGCCGAUUGCUUCUCUGGCUCGGCAAGCAAAGUUUCGCUGUAUAUCUUAUCCAUGGCACGAUGCUUCGCGUCGUGCUUUGCUGGAUGCUGUAUGGAAUCAGUGGACAGCCUUGGCAGGGGCCUGAAGCUCUCACGGAUGAUCAACGUGAUGACUGGCUUCCUCUUCGGUCUGCGUGGGUGGUCGGGGUGAGCAUUCCUGUUUGGAUAGGGUUGGUAUACGUUUUAGCGGCGUUGUGGACGGCGUACGUUGAUACUUUCUGCGGUUCUCUCACACAGAAGCUGGAGCGGGCUGUAUUUGUCGAGGAUGAGAAGACCACAUUGCCGCUGCCUGCAGUUUCGAUUCCUAUGCAGACCACUUAA